AUGAACCUGCCUUUAUAUUUAGAAUUUAAAUGUAGCAAAAGUUACACUGUCCGUAUUGAAGGAGAAUUUGCUUUUGCUUUGGUUUUGUACUGUGGACUCGAGUUUGACACUCGCCAGUUUUCUUCUGAAAACUAUAAGCAGUUUACAAAAGCUAUACACAAUAAAAAUAAGACCUUCCCAAAUGUUGUUGGCUUUGUGGAUGGCACUAUGCAAAAAUAUUGGGCUAUUGAAAUACCCGAUGGUAUUACUAGCAGCUUGGUUGGUCUGUUUAUUGGAUCCACUCAUGAUGCUAGAAUAUUUGACGAGUCAAAAACAUUAGAUCGUCUAAUUGCGCAUCUUGAUCAUAUUUCCAAGAAUGACAAAGUUCCAUUUGAAUAUGUAGUAUACGAAGAUAUGGCUUACCCUAAAUCAGAUAAAAUCUACAGAUCUUUUCCUUUAAGUGAAGCCAACAAUGAUAUCAAGAUGGAAUUUAGAAAGGUGUUGCAGUUAUUUAAAUUCUGCAAGUACAACUAUGGAAUGAAGAUAUUGGCAAACACAAAGCCAGCAACAAUAUACAUCCUGUUAACUCUUUUCAAGAACUUCCAUACAUGUAUUAAUAGCUCAGCAAGCUCUAAACUUUUUAAGCUUCAGCCACCAAAUAUCCAUGAUUAUAUCAAAGGUCUUAUGCAUGAACGCCAACCAGAAGACACUAUUGAUAGCUACAAAACUAUUUUGAACAAUGCAUCAAAUUUAGUAGAAACCAUCACUGUUCCUGAUAACCAAUAA